GAGGUUCGAGCCGUUCGAGUCAGUCGUCAGUCAUAGACAGGCGAAUACGUUUCGAUCGACGCAAGUUUCUCUCCACUGUUCAAAAUACUGCUUCAAGAUCGACUGAUUGAUUUACUCGUCCUUAAAAUAUCGCUAUGAUUUAUUUCGACGAGUACUUUUUGCCCGAGGUGCAUUAGCCUCCUACGAGACAUCGAGUACACCUUUUGACACUUUCCAAAAUUCAAUCCCGGCACCCUCUGAAUGACGCGUCAUGGAAAUGAAAACAGUUCAAAGAGGUUUUUUAUGCGGCACAAAGGACGAGUCGUCGAGAGAAUUGCACCUGCUGUGGCAAACAGGCUUAUUUUCGAGGUAGCGGAUCCGAAAUUUGAGGGAUUGAGGACGAAGGGAACGGUGGUAACGAAAUACGCACAUCUCAGUUAUGGCAGAAAAAGCAAAAACUAUGAGCAGUCUAAAGCACAUCCCGAAAGACGCUCAGGUUAUAAUGUCAAUAAUGAAAGAUAUGGGAAUAGCUGAUUACGAGCCAAAAGUUAUUAAUCAGUUGCUUGAAUUCACUUACCGCUACAUAACAUGUAUUUUGGAUGACAGUAAAAUUUACGCUAAUCAUGCAAAAAAGAAAUUCAUUGAUCUUGAUGAUGUGAGAUUGGCAGUAAAAAUGCAGUUGGACCGAACAUUUACGAAUCCUCCUCCACGAGACGUUCUUCUGGAUGUUGCUCGUGCAAAAAACAAUAUUCCACUGCCUUUUGUAAAACCUAAUAACGGCUUGAGAUUACCACCGGAUCGUUACUGCCUUAACGCUACCAAUUAUAGGCUUAAAAACAUUGUUAAAAAACCAGCUGGAAAAUCCAUUCACACCAUGGGUAAUUCAACCAUGGGAGGAGGCAGUGUCACCGCAAGAGUCAAAUCAGAAGGAAACAAAACAAAUUUGUCUAUUGUCAAGCGACCCGCUACUUUGGCAACUGUUGCUAGGACUCAAACAAUUUCUAUACCAAAACCGGUCUUCAAAUUUUCAACAGGAUCAACAACCAGCGGAGCUGGUAAAACGCCGGCAACGAAGCCGAAGAUUCAAAUUUCCACGAGUCAGCCAGCUCCGGCAAUAAAAAUGGAAACGGACGAGACAAACAAAAGAAAGCGGGAAGACGACGAUUACGACGUCCCUUAAACAAAGAAGAAAAACUUCCUGUGGCAAAGAGAAAAGUUCAUUUAAAAGAUAGUGAGCAAUUUCCGGGACUAAAUAUUUACAAUCGUCGUUAUUCACAAAUUGCAAAUUCGCUUCAUUUAAGCGGUGACGAGAUAAGUAAUGAAACGCUCCGUUAUUCAUUGGGAUCCAUUAGAAAUUCAGGAGAGUCUGACUAAUUAAUAUUUCGUUUUUAUUUCAUCGAGUAAUUAUUGUGUGAGAUUUAUAUUUAAAAUAUAUGAGAAAUAACAUUAGUUUUAUUCAA